AUGGACCAAUUCGACGCGCGGAUGCUGCAAGCGGAGAAGGAUCUGGCGUCGCACCAGUCGCGCGCGCACGCACGAAUCACCAGACUGCGACGAGCCUGGCCAAUCAAGCGCACGGUGUACCUGGACCCGCGUGAGCUGGAGACCCCCCACAUCCUCUGUCUGGGACCCCCACACUCUGCCCCCACCUCCGCCACCAGCGUCACCGUCGUCAACGAUCCCAACAAGGCCCAGGCCGCGGUGCCCAACUACCUCGACAACCUCUCGGCCGACGACGUGAAGACGCCGUGUCUGGUGCCUUCAAGUGUACAGCGUUGA